AUGUAUCCUACCAGCAUUUUUGCGCAGUCUACUAGGAGCGGGCAACAUGCUCGUUGGGCCUGCCUCUCAAAUGGCGCAGCUGCGUCAUGCCUCUUCAGACCCCGCCUACGACAGCAACGAGGCAUCGUCGCGCCAUUUGCACGCAUGAAUACGUCCAUUAUCAGCAGCUACUCUAGCAUACGCAGUCUGAGACGAUAUCGUCAUUUUCUGGAUACUCCAAGCCUACCGGCAGAUCACAUUCAUGUAAGAAGCUACUCUAUCAACGAGCCCAACCAGCCCACUGCGGACGAGUACAUUGUGGAACUACAGGAUUUAUACGAGAUCGCCAAAGACGAGUUGGAAAUCGCCGCAGAAUCUACAGACGGUGCGACGAUAUAUGCAGCCUCUGAUCGGGCAUCGCUGCGUGAGGCUUUCGAUGAUCUAGACCGUGCGUAUGCACAAUAUACAGGUGCGGAGUCUGUGUCACCUGCCCAAGGAGGCGAAUCUACAGCAUCUCUCUCCAGCCACAUACCUUCAGAGGUUAAAGAGGAGAUUAAACGUCGGGUUGGGCAGCGAAUACGGGAACUCAAAAACGCCGUAGAGGCUCUUGAGGAGAAAUCACGAGCAGAAUAA